GCGCCGACACACGCUUGGGAGGGAAGUGAAAACGCCGGCCCAAGUGCGUUUAUCAAUUUGCCGACAUUGGUUGAUCCUGGUCGAAUAAAUGGUCAGUAUUCAGACAAGGUAGGAAGGAAUUUUGAUAUUGUGAUGAAAAGUCCCCCCUUCCCAUAUUCAAAAACAAAUUCGUGACGCGCAACACACAAAUUAAUUUAUUGCUAGAAGGCCACGAGACACACUUGCGGUCUCGUUUGCAAGCAGCUAUUUGUCAUGCUAUUCCGAGAAGUCCCUUGUUCCCGUUGUAGUAUACUAAGGGCGCGAGGCUAGUAUCCAACGUGACGCUAGCCAGCACUACAGACCGCAUCUCUUCCUUUCUAGCAUUGUCAUAAAUCAUGCCAUGUUCCGUUUACACUGAGUCUAAAGGUCCCACUGGCUUGUCCAUCUCCGUAUGCGGCUGUUGGGGAGGGUGUCCGGGGUCUCCGUCACGACGGUACUUGAUGUCUGGCGUGAGUUUGUGAAAUGGGGGGGGGGGGCAGUGGCUGGCUUUCUUAGGUUUGCGAAGUCCUUCUGAAAAGAGGCUUCCACUCCUUCUUCAUCAAGGUUGUACGUAGUCAUCUUAGAUCGUUGCCACGCCGAGCCCCCCUUUUAUUUUCUCAGCCCGGGUGUUGUGGACGUGGCUUCAGUCUUAGUGAUUCGUUCGGGCUGCUGACUGUUCCACUUCCUCCAAGCGGUACCGCUUUCGCCUGCGCCCACCACUCAUGCUACGCAAGUCUCCGUAUAAGUAUGGGGAGGGAGGAUUUUUCAUUUUGAUAGAAAAAGCUAAAGAUCUAAGAGAUUACUGCCAAUUCAAUCGGGACCUUUCUCCUCAAGAACAAUCCAAAUGUCGUGAGAACAACGUGCAGUGCGAAAGAAAUGGCCACACGAGGAAAACCUGCAUGCGCCACAAAGAAACCACGUUGCGGAAUUGUUGCGAGUGGUGCCAAGCACAAGGGGAUCUCUGCGAAGUCAUGGCGUGGCCUGGAAACCCCUAAACUGUACGGGUCACCUAGUUGUAUCGGCGUGAAGUACUUACUGAUUUAUCUAUCAAGUUGAUUCUUCUGGUUGGUAGCUCUGUUUUCACAUUCUUCAGCAUUAUUGUGCAUCAUGUUGCAUUCAUUUUUAUGAUGUUUACGUCGAUCUAGAAAUUUUCUUUUUCCCCCAAAAUAGCAUUCUGCAUGAUUUUUUUCUAGAUAUAAUGGGGCUACGUUUCGUCCACUUUGAAAGGAGGAGCAGCUGUAGUUGACGAGUGAUCUUCCAGCACUACAUUUGAGAAAGUACUUAUAGUUAUAUGUUUUUCUGUUGCAACAUCUGACAUUUUUCGCUUCAUGACACGACAUCUCACUUCAUCAUUAUCUAUUGUUCGAUGCUUAUGGAGGUCUUUACUUUAUGUUCUUUCUUCAUUUUUUCGUUUUGCAGCAUAUUCGCCUUCAGAUCAGCUUCAGCGGUCAAGCACGAGAAAAUCAUAUUUGAUACCAGCCACCUUCAUGUUUCCACCUCUUCCCAAACAGGAGAAAGCGCUAGUUCCCCUCCACCAGUCAUUAUGCUUCUCUAUUUGCUCUCUGGAACAGGAUACGCACCGCGAAAAAGCGCGACUGUUAUUUCUCGAACUGCGCGUGGGCGCCUGCAGCCGCUGCGCACUCAAGUGAUUCAGUCAAGCUUGAUUUUUGUGUGACAACGCAUAGAAUUUUAUCUCGUUCAUAUCUGUAGGCUUUGAUGUUUGUACGGAGAACGAACCAAGUUUACGACAAUCACGAUAUGCAUCAUCUUCUGCACCGACGGCCUCCACGACCAAGAUUCGUGAUCUUCUUCACUAAAUUAUAGCCUGUACAAGGCUCCUCACGCUGAUACUUCACGUUCUUUUUCUCCAGUACAAUUUAGCCAACAAUGUAUGAACGGAAAUUCUCUGGUGCUGAGGUUGACCACAAGAAGACGUCAAGCGCGCUCUGUAUUUUCCAUGAUCCACUCUCAUUUUUCCUGUCCUACCCUUUUGCUUUUGAUCAUCCUUCUACUGUUUCUGCAGCUUUAUUCGAGUAAGUAAGUAGUUGCUUUAAAAAAAUAAGGUGCUCCUGCCUACCCCAUUUCAAGCAAAAUAUGUAGUAAAUAGAAGAGCCCACUACAGAAACGACGCAAGGACCUGCUUUGAAGCUAUGUCUGCAGACAUCUGACCCUUUUCGGAAUCCUGUACAGGUCGACUUCAUCUAUCGCUUUGUCAAGAAAUUUCCGUCGCUGAACUUGGUGCAGCAGUUCGCUUUCAGUGGUGCUGUGUCUCUCGUUCGCGCAGGGAAUUGAUUCAUGUUGAUCCGGAUUCACGCGCAGCACAGCGAAACGGAAUGUGUCCAUGGCGCUGGGUUAAGGACGAAAAAAAAAAGGUUAUUUACUCCGCAGCUUGCCUGUUUAGAUCGAACAUCUGUCAAGAGUAAAAUUUGAAUCUCAGAAAAUGAAAAUUCAUUGUUUGUAGUGAAGUGUUGUUGUACUACCUUAUUUUGCCCCCGAUUCAUUACAACACAUAAAAAGCUCUUGUAAGAUUCAAAUUGGAGUGAAAACGAAUAUUGUCCCAGCCAGCAUACGCUCAGGAAUAGGGCCCUAUUGCUACAGGAAUCCGAGCAGAUGAUACCACAUCGAGCACAAGAAGAACCACUGUAGUUGCUCCGAUAGACACGCAAUCGCUGCCAUGACACUACUAUUUCUACUUAUUUUUGUUUGAAACGGAGCUUAAAGCCGCACAGUUAUCAAUUUUGCGUGCCGGCGAAUAAAAACACAAAAAAAUUACAUAUUACAAAAACGCAAAAAAAUUACAUAUUACAAAAACGCAAAAAAAUUACAUAUUACAAAAACGCAAAAAAAUUACCUAUUAACAAAACACAAAAAAAUACAUGCGCAUCAAACUCAGCGCUUUACAACUACGAAUCUACUCUCACUUUGAUGCCUUUGACUUGAUUGGUACGGGCAUAGCCUGCCUGGGACCUACUUUACAUUUACUUCACUCUGUCACGUCGUAGCCCGUCACGUCGUAGCCCGUCACGUCGUAGCCCGUCACGUCGUAGCCCGUCGCCGUCUACGCUACCCAGCAUGUGAG